AUUCGGCUCACUCCUGAUCAUGUCCGCUGCCGGAGCCACCUACAUGUUCGGCCUUUACUCUGGGGACAUCAAGGACUCCCUAGGGUACGACCAGACCACCCUCAACCUCCUCAGUUUCUUCAAGGACCUCGGCACCAACGUUGGCGUUCCUGCCGGAUUAAUAGCUGAGGUAACCCCGUCCUGGUUCGUGCUCUCCCUUGGUGCCGUGUUAAACUUCUUCGGCUACUUCAUGAUGUGGCUGGCCGUGACCAAAAGAAUCGCUCGACCGGCGGUCUGGCAAAUGUGUCUGUACAUCUGCGUUGGCGCCAACUCUCAGGCGUUCGCCCACGUCGGAUCUUUAGUGGUGUGCGUAAAAAAUUUCCCGCAGAGCCGCGGCGUCGUUCUGGGGAUUCUCAAGGGUUACCUCGGCCUCAGCGGCGCCAUAAUAACGCAAUUCUACCACGCUAUUUACAAGGAUAACUCUAAGCAACUAAUUUUGCUGAUCGGGUGGCUACCAGCAGCGAUAUCUUUGGUGUUUGUUCGGACUAUCCGGACCAUGAAGGUGACCCGUCAGUCUAACGAGUUGAACGUGUUUUACAAGUUUCUGUACAUAUCUCUUGGCCUGGCGGCGUUUUUGAUGAUUAUAAUCAUUGUGGAGAAGAGGCUGACUUUCAAUCAGGGAGAAUAUGGCGGCGCCGCCGCCAUGGUUCUUAUUUUGUUGUUUUUGCCGAUUGCUGUUGUGAUUGGAGAAGAAUUGAAUAUUUGGAAAGCGAAACAAGCUGUUCUGGACGAUCCAGCUUCUCCGGUGAAAGUAAUCACCGAGAAGCCAACCCAAGAAAUAGCAGCCCCGUUAGACCAGUCAGCACCUUUGUCCAGCACCAUUGAAGCAAGGGUUGGAGAUCAAGCAAACGUUUCAUGCUGGAAAACUGCUUUCAAACCACCAAAUAGAGGAGAUGACUACACCAUUCUGCAGGCCCUUUUCAGUGUAGACAUGUUAAUCUUGUUCUUGGCAACAACCUGUGGAGUUGGGGGAACUUUAACGGCGGUAGAUAACUUGGGACAGAUUGGAACCUCCCAGGGGUACCCCAAGCAAAGCAUCAGCACUUUUGUUUCUCUCGUGAGCAUAUGGAAUUAUCUCGGCAGAGUCACAUCAGGUUUCGUCUCUGAAAUCAUCCUGGCUAAGUACAAAUUCCCACGCCCUCUUAUGCUCACCCUCAUCAUGUUCCUCUCCUGCCUCGGUCACCUCCUGAUUGCCUUCAACGUCCACGGUGGCCUGUAUGUUGCAUCCAUAAUCAUUGGUUUCUGUUUCGGGGCGCAAUGGCCAUUACUCUUUGCAAUAAUUUCUGAAAUAUUCGGACUCAAGUACUACUCCACACUAUACAAUUUCGGCGCCGUGGCAAGUCCUGUUGGGUCCUACAUCCUCAACGUGAAGGUUGCUGGAAAUUUAUAUGACAACGAGGCAAGGAAGCAAAUGGCAGCGCGGGGAAUCAUUAGAAAGCGCGGACAGGAUCUGGAAUGCACCGGCACAGAGUGCUUCAAAUUAGCAUUCAUCAUAAUCACGUGA